AAUGCCCUGCUGCCCUGUACCUCACUCAGACCUGAUCACCUCAGAUGCUCACAACAGCUAGAGCCUCUGUGACCAUGAUAGCCUUGCUGGUGUCCUUCCUGCUGCUCUGGGGUUUCACCCUGGGCCCAGUGGCAGAGGCAGCUGUGUUUUUUGACACCCGGCCCAGCCUUUCAGCAAAGUCUGAAUCACAGUUGGAGCCCUGGACCAACAUCACACUGACGUGCAAGGCCCAACUGGUCACCAUGGAUUUCGAGCUGCUCAAGGAUGGGACAUCACAGGAGCUCGUGCACCUACAUUCACCUACCAUCAAGCACCAGUUCCUGCUGACGGGUGACAUCUGGGGUCUCUACCGCUGCCGCUCAGGCCUGAGCAAUGAUGGGUGGACCGAGUUGAGCAAUCUUGUGGAGGUGACAGGGCCAAAGUCCCUGCCCUCACCAUGGCUCUCAACAGAGCCAGUGUCCUGGAUCACACCUGGCCUGAAUGCCACACUGGUAUGCCAUGGGGGAUUGCAAGGUGUGACCUUUCUGCUGAGGCGCAAAGGAGAUGAUGCGUUUCUGGAGGUAGCUAAGGCUGGGGAGGAUGUGGAGGCCACCUUCCUUGUCCACAAGGCUGGCGACUACAGCUGCACCUACAGGACCCACGCAGCAGGCACCCCCUCAGACCCCAGUGCCCCUGUGACCAUCAAGGAACUCGCUGCCCCUCCACCGCCUGCACUGAAUGUAGACAGAGAGUCUGCCGGAAUCCUGCGACCAGGUGACAAAGCCACCCUUGUCUGCGUGGCCCCCCUGAGCGGUGUGGAAUUCCAGCUGCGGCAGGGGGAAAAGGAGCUGCCAGUGCCCCGAAGCAGCUCCAACCCCGACCGCACCUACUUUCAUCUGGAGGCCCUGGCCCCGCGGGAUAGCAGGCCCUACUACACCUGCCGAUACCGGCUGUGGAACCAGCAAUCUGCCUGGUCAGAGGACAGCAAGCCUGCUGAGCUGAUUGUGAGCAAUGAGCAGCUGCCUGCGCCUGAGCUCUUGGCCCAGCCUGCCAGUCGUAGCCCAGAGCCCGGUGCGCUGGUGCGGCUUCGGUGCCUGGGGCCCCUGGUUGGCAUGCGCUUCGCCCUGGUGCGCGAGGACGCUGGCGGUCGCCGCGUGCACCGUGUGCUGAGUCCCGCGGGAACCGAGGCCACCUUCGAGCUGCGGAACGUCUCGGUGGCCGACUCGGCUAACUACAGCUGCGUCUACGUGGACCCGGAGCCGCCUUUCUCGGGCUCUGUGCCCAGUGCAAGCGUGGAGCUGCAGGUGGAGGGACCACCUCCUAGGCCACGGCUGCGCGCCCUGUGGAGUGGUGCGGUGACCCCUGGCCGAGAUGCCGUCCUGCGUUGUGAAGGCCUCGUACCGGACGUCACCUUUGAGCUAUUGCGAGUGGGAGACACGAAGCCUUUGGAAAGGCUCCACGCCAUUCACCCCUCCGCCGACCUCACGCUGACCUAUGUGGGGCCCCAACACGCUGGCAACUACAGCUGCCGCUACCGCUCCUGGUGGCCCAACCGCUUUGAGUCAGAGCUCAGCGACCCGGUGCAGCUGCUGGUGGCAGGACAUUGACCCAGCUGUGGACGCAGGUGCUGACGGUGUCCUUGGGAAGUACUGGGAACACUGGACUGGUUCCUGUCCUUAUUGCUACAGCUGGAGGCCAGGCUCCCUCGGGUGGGAGGCUGGAGGUCUAUCCCUCACUCCUCCCAGCAAUUAAUAAACAUGGAGAGAGACUUUGCUUAA